AAAUGAAGUGACACCUUCUCCCACUCUGCUUCUCUCUCUCUCUCUCGCAGCUUCAGGAAUAUAAUUUCUAUUUGAGUUCCAAGAGAAGACAAGAGACCAGACUUUCUUGUGCCUCUUUGAUUACUCUCCCCCUCACGUGAUCUAUAUUCCAUUUCUUCUCCUUUCUCCACUUUUUCAACCUCCUUCUUUUGUUCAUCUUAUGCUACUCUUUGCCGAUUAAACACAUUCACCGCCUCAAAGAUGGGUGCGGGAAGGAGAACAGAGACUCAUGUAUUGAGCGAAAGGUCACGAGUACCUUCAUCAUCUUCUUCAUCGGUAAAUUGCAGCGUAACUGCAAGAAAUCUGAGGAAGUCUGAAUUAGGGGGAGUUAUCUUCGGAUGCAAGCAUAAUACAAUGAACCAGUGCUUUCAAAUGCAGUUAUUUGGCUUGCCAUCUGGACAUAUAUCAUAUGUGAAGAAUAUUGGUCCUGGUUUGCCUCUGUUUCUAUUCAACUAUAGUGAUAGGAUGCUACAUGGUAUAUUUGAAGCUGCAAGUAGUGGAAGAUUGAAUAUUAAUCCUUAUGGCUGGACUGAGGGUAGCUCGGAUUGCACUCCAUAUGCAGCCCAGGUAAAGUUCAAGACUAGAAUGCAGUUCCAGCCCUUGUCGGAAGUUCAGUUUAGUCCGGUUAUCGAGGACAACUAUUACCUUCCAAAGUUGUUUUGGUUUGAACUGGAUCAAGUUCAAACUAAGAAGCUAAUAUCCCUUUUUUCGGCAUCUACACCAAUAGCUGCACAGAGUAUAAUCCCGAGAAGUAUACCAAAGCUUCCUUCGUCUAGUUCAGCAUAUGAUGGCCGCUCUUACUCGUCUCUUUUAAGAAAUGAUGUUCAUCCAACCGGUGAUUUGAAAAAUUCUCAGACCGGACAGAUUGUUCCGUUGUCUAAUUCAGUCACUAAUUUGGAAUAUGAUGGCCGCUCUUACUCAUCUCUUUUAAGAAAUGAUGUCCAUCCUACCAGUGAUUUGAAACAUACUCAAACUGGACAGACCUCCUUGGAAACUACUCAUGGUUUGAAUGGUCACAAUGAGUCUGUGGAUGAAAUAGACCACAAGGGAGCAUUGGAGCAAACCAUGUUGAAUCUGCCUACUGAAGAUCAGAUGAAUAAUGCAUGGGAUUCGCCAUGUAUUGGAUCUAGUUUGAAUGGAGGGAGCAACACUUCAGAGGAAUUUAUUGAUGAGUCUACCCAAUGUGAUGAACAAUUUGAAUACUUGAAGCAGCAUAUGGAAGACCUAUACUUAUCUGUUUCAGCUGAUCGGUGUUUGCCUCAGUCCACACCAUGUGAGAGUAUGUCCACUCCUUGCUUGCAGAGCAGUGCUUCAGAGGGUAAUACUUCUUGGUCAUACAAGUCUGAGAUAGAAAAUUCUUGCUUUCCUGAAGCAGAGUUGCAUUUGAAUGCCAAAUCACCUGAUCUUCGUUUUAUUUUUGACAAGAUACAACAAGAAGUCAAUGAAUUGCGGUUAAAGCAGUUCAAACAGGAGCUGCAAAUCUGUUCCUUGGAGAAAGAGCUGGUUGAAUCAAGAAGAGAGAUAGUGAGCUUGAAGCAGCAAUUUAAGACAUCAGAUUGUGUCACAUUUCCUAAAGAGGAUCUUGUAAUGCGAUCUAAAUCUAGUUAUAAGGAAUCAAUUUUAAUAAUGGGAGGUUUCGAUGGGUUAACAUGCGUGUCAACUUUGGAUUGCUACUGUCCAACUAAUGAUUUGUUGGAGACCCUUUGUCCAAUGAGUUCGAUUCGAUCAUAUAACUCUACUGUGAAGUUAAGUGGUGAAGUUUAUGUAAUUGGUGGCUUACAAGAUAAUUUGUGGUGUGACACAGUUGAAUCAUACAACCUAGUGGAAAAUCAAUGGUUCACUCGUCCUUCCAUAAAUCAAAAGAAAGGAAGUCUUGCUGGAAUUUCAUUGAAUGGCAAGAUUUUCGCUAUAGGUGGUGGAAAUGGUGUACAAUGCUUUUCUGAGGUUGAAUUAUUUGACCCAAACAUUGGAAAGUGGAUACCUACAAGGUCAAUGAUGAUGAAAAGAUUUACUCCAGCUGCAGCAGAAAUUAAUGGCGUCAUAUAUGUUGUAGGUGGAUUUGAUGGAGAUAAUUAUUUGAGGUCAGUGGAGAGAUAUGACCCUCGCGGGAAUUCAUGGGCUAGACUUCAAAACAUGUCAACAAUGAGAGGCUGCCAUUCUUUAUCUGUCCUAAAUGAACAGCUAUAUGCAAUUGGAGGAUAUAAUGGAGAACAGAUGAUCUCAACAGUUGAGAUAUUUGAUCCUCGCACUGGUUCAUGGAUAAUGAGCGAACCCAUGAACACUUCCAGGGGAUAUUUUGCAACUGUAGUAAUUGGAAAUUCAAUUUUUGCCAUCGGUGGUUUGAGUGAAAGUAACGAAGUUUUAGAUACGAUUGAAUGUUACAAAGAAGGUCGUGGCUGGGAAUCAACUAAUCUGAAAGCUCUUGGAAGGAGAUGCUACUUAUCUGCCAUACUCUUGUGAGGACGAGUGUUGGGUUGAACACUAGAAGGCUGCAAAGGCUUUUGUGAAUAUAUAAAAGGGCACCUAUAUAGAAGUGUCCCGUACUUCCAUUUGUAAAGGGAUUGUUAUGUUUUGUAAGUGACCGCGGUGACGUGGGUGAGAAAAUGGAAGUAUUUGAGAAGUUAAAAAAAUCAAUUUAGGAUAGUAACAAAUGAAAACUAGCUUAUUAAUUAUUAUACAAGCCAACUUAAAUUGUCUAAAUCUAAUAUCUAUUAAAAAUAAUUUACACCUGGGCAACCU